AUGUCCGACAAGCCCAGCACCCUAAAAACAGUGUCCGAACACCGCCACCCCUCGUCCUCCACCAAACCCCACCGCACCUUCAUCCGCCACCCCGCGUCCUCCUCAGCCCACGCCUCUCCCACCCACCACGUAGUGCCCAAGCCCCACACCUCCUCCCACCCCAAACCCAAACCCACCGGCGCAGCAACACAACCCCACCAGUCCCUCACUCCAGCCGCAGCCCCCUCUUCCAGCACAACCGACGUCUACCCCACCCCCUCCACCCCUCCCUCGCACUCCUCAGGCGCGAUCAUCGGCCUCUCCAUAACUCUAGCUCUCGUCCUGGUCGGCCUGCUCGUCGCCGGCGCGCUGUUCUACAUGAGACGUCGAGCGGCGAAGAAGCGAGCAGAGGUGAGGCAGUCUGUGAUGGGCGGGUUUGUCGAGAUGGCUGAGCAUGAGCAGGCGCCGCCGGUGAUUUCGGCGCCGGAGCCGGUGAGGCCGGGGAGGGAGAGUGAGGCGUCCUUGGGCAGGAGGGUGACAAGGUUCUUUCAGGGGAGGAGGGUGCCUAGUGGGUGGAUUUGA